AUGAAAAUCAAAACGUUGUCGAGAGCACCCAUCCAGGAGGCCGGGUCCGAUGUUGCGAAGCUUCCUCGAAACCUCAACCCCGAAGUCCAUCCCUUCGAACGAGCUAGGGAAUAUACCCGUGCCCUUAAUGCGGUCAAGUUGGAAAGAAUGUUUGCGAAGCCAUUCGUGGCUCAGCUCGGGGGUGGCCAUGUUGAUGGUGUCUACUCAAUGUCCGUAGAUGGGCAUUCUCUACAAAGAGUAGCCAGCGGUUCUGGUGAUGGUGUAGUCAAAGUUUGGGACUUGUCAAGCCGAGACGAAAUAUGGCAUGCGAACGGCCACGAGAACAUUGUCAAGGGACUCUGCUGGACCAAGAAUUCACACCUGCUUAGUUGCGCGAGCGACAAGACGAUCAAGCUGUGGGAUCCCUACAACACCGCCUCCGACUCAGAGCCCGUAGCCACUUGGCUAGGCUCAUCCGGUUUCACGAGCAUUUCUCACCACCGUCACAAGAACGCCUUUGCCGUCGCCUCCGACGUCAUCUCCCUUUACGACCUCGAGAGACCGACUGCGGCUCCGGAAGUGAUCGCCUGGCCCUCCAAGGCCGACACUAUUACGUCUGUUGCUUUCAAUCAAGUCGAGACUAGUGUCAUUGCGUCAUGUGCGACGGAUCGCGCAGUCAUAUUAUACGAUGUACGAACGUCGAUGCCGGUUACGAAGACGGUCCUCACGUUUGCGUGCAAUGCUGUCUCGUGGAACCCGAUGGAGGCCUACAACUUUGCCUUGGCUUCGGAAGAUCAUGACAUCUUAUUAUUCGACUCACGGAAUAUGAGCCGAGCACUUAAUGUCCUCAAGGAUCACGUGGCGGCAGUCAUGGAUGUCCAGUUCUCUCCUACUGGCCAGGAGUUGGUUUCUGCCUCCUAUGAUCGUACCCUCCGUAUCUGGAAGCGAGAUCAAGGUCGCUCUAGGGAAAUCUACCAUACCAAGCGUAUGCAGAGGCUCUUCGCCGCACGCUGGACACCAGAUUCGAAGUAUGUCCUCAGCGGCAGCGACGACGGUAACGUACGAAUCUGGAAAGCCAACGCUUCGAGGACCGAGGGCCCCAAGUCCACAAAGCAACGCCAAGCCCUAGAGUACAACGACGCGCUCGUUGCCCGCUUCGGCCACAUGCCGGAGAUUCGACGCAUCAAGCGCCACAGACACAUCCCCAAGGUGGUCAAGAAGGCGGCUUCCAUCAAGAGGGAGGAGCUCAACGCCAUCAAGCGCAAGGAGGAGAACGAGAGGAAGCAUACCAGCAAGCAGUUCCAGAAGAGGAAGCCGGAGCGAGAAAAGAUGGUUCUGGCGGCGAAUCAAUAA